CCCAAUUUUUGCUAAAAUAUACUCCUAUUUUGAAUCUUGCUGGCUACAACUUUCUGCAAAAUAAAAGAUUUCGGUUCCGUGGAGAUUAGUCUGAGCGUGAUACGUCCUUGCUUACUAAUUACGUCAUGGUUCCUGUAUCGAAAAUGAAACCGGGCAUUAUUGUGGAUUGAUAUUUUGGAGCAAAAUAGGCAGAAAGAUCAAAUAAAAGUUGCAGUGCUAAUCUGUGGCACGUUUUGAUGCUGUAGAUCGAUGAGGUCAGAUCGUCGUUAAGGGAGUACUUCCAUUCAGUUAAACUUCCAUCUCCAGCUCUAUUGUUUUACUACAUUUUUUGCUCAUGUAAUUUAGUUCGUAGUUCAUUUCUCUACACCUUUGACAAGUUGCAUUUACAUACCUUUUUUUUACACUCUCAAUCUUCGUUUUUUUAGUGUAUAUACCAUCACGAAUCUUCUUAAUUCAUUCUCUGUUUAUUACUCCCUUUGUCCUAGCAGAAUAAUUUACCUUGUCGAAAUAGACUAUUUUUAUAGGACGAAUCGAGAAAUAAGAACAGGAUUGAAAAAGCUUUGAGUGGCUGAUUUCUUGAUUCGAUCUUACAAAUUACUAACGUGCAAUUCUAAUUUUUUUUUUCUUACUUGUAGUUUGGUCUUCGUCUGUGGAUCAGAUUUUGAAAGCAAAAGAAAAUUAACUUCUGAUAUGAAUUUUUCCAGUUGCUAGUUUUUCUAUUGACUGUUUUUAGUCGUAAAUACCAUCUGAUCACUACUCAGUAUUGAGUUACUGGAUAGCCAGAAAGGCUAGAUUAAAUAAUCCAGUUUCCCUUUGUUUGCUUGAAUUUAUAGACCUUAAAUGGAGAGUGUGGUGGAGGAGAGUGGUCCAAGUGAAGAACAUCACUAUGUCUCUGCUGCGACUUCUCCUCCUGCGCCAGUACCGGAUGCCAACAAUGCGAAUGCCGAGAAAGAAGCGAAGAAACCUACCCAUACCGUUUCAUUUGCGAAGUUAUUUGGCUUUGCAGAUUCUUCCGACAAGCUUCUCAUGAUGGUUGGUACCGUUGCUGCCAUUGGGAAUGGCUUGAGACUUCCCCUCAUGACCAUUUUGUUUGGUCAAUUGACUGAUUCUUUCGGACAAACUACAACUAGCGGAGAUGUGGUUAAAGAGGUUUCCAAGGUGUCUCUAAAAUUUGUUUAUUUGGCUCUUGGGGCUGGUGCAGCUGCAUUCCUCCAGGUGUCCUGUUGGACGAUCACUGGUGAGAGACAAGGUGCUCGAAUUCGGAACCUUUAUCUGAAAAUGAUUUUGCGCCAAGAGAUCGGUUUCUUCGACAAAGAAAUCAAUACAGGAGAAGUUAUUGGUAGGAUAUCCAGUGACACUGUUCUCAUACAAGAUGCUCUUGGGGAGAAGGUGGGCUUGUUUAUACAGCUGGUGUCUACAUUCAUCGGAGGUUUUGUGGUGGCGUUUGUAAAGGGAUGGCUUCUUGCGCUCGUCCUCUUGACAUCCCUCCCUCCCCUUGUUAUAGCCGGUAGACUUAUGGCCCUUGUUAUAUCUCGGAUGGCUUCGCAUGGGCAAAAUGCUUAUUCGGAAGCAGCCACUGUAGUUGAGCAAACCGUUGGAUCAAUUAGAACAGUGGCAUCAUUUACUGGGGAAAAGCAAGCUGUGGCCUCUUAUGAGAAAUCAUUGGUAAAAGCUUAUAAAUCAGCUGUAAAAGAAUCAAUGGCUUCUGGCUUAGGUCUUGGAUUAGUUAUGGGCAUUGUCUACUGCAGCUAUGCUUUGGCAAUUUGGUUCGGAGCAAAGUUGAUAGCUGAGAGAAAAUAUACAGGCGGUGAAGUAGUUAAUGUGAUCAUUGCAGUUAUGACCGGUUCCAUGUCUCUGGGGCAGGCUUCUCCGUGCAUGACUGCAUUUGCGAGUGGUCGCGCUGCAUCUUACAAGAUGUUUCAGACCAUAAAUAGAAAACCAGAGAUAGAUACAUAUAAUGCUCGAGGAAAGAUUUUAGAUGACAUUCGAGGAGAUAUUGGGUUAAAGGAUGUAUACUUUAGUUAUCCUACCAGACCAGAUGAACAAAUUUUCAUUGGAUUUUCCAUGUUCAUACCUAGUGGCACUUCUGCAGCUUUAGUUGGCCAGAGUGGAAGUGGUAAGUCAACUAUCAUUAGCUUGAUAGAGAGAUUCUAUGAUCCCCAAGCUGGUGAAGUUGUAAUUGAUGGAACAAACCUUAAGGAAUUCCAACUCAAGUGGAUCAGGGGAAAGAUAGGUCUUGUUAGUCAAGAACCUGUACUUUUUACAGCUAGUAUCAAGGAUAACAUAGCAUAUGGAAAAGACGGAGCCACUACUGAAGAGAUUCGAGCUGCAAUAGAGCUAGCUAAUGCUGCCAAGUUCAUUGAUCAGUUGCCUAAGGGACUUGACACUAUGGUUGGAGAGCAUGGUACUCAGCUCUCUGGCGGCCAGAAGCAGAGACUUGCAAUAGCGAGGGCGAUUCUAAAAGAUCCACGAAUUCUACUUCUAGACGAGGCAACCAGUGCAUUGGAUGCGAAUUCUGAAAGGAUAGUUCAAGAGGCCUUGGGUAGAGUUAUGGUUAACAGAACAACUGUUGUCGUUGCCCACCGUCUCAGCACUGUGAGAAAUGCUGACAUGAUUGCAGUCAUUCAUGGAGGAAAGAUAGUUGAAAAAGGUACGCAUUCUGAACUGAUCGAAGAUCCUGAAGGAGCUUACAGUCAACUUAUUCACAUGCAAGAAGUAAACAAAAAUGUGGAAGACAAUGCUGAUGAAAAAGGAAAAUCAAAGAUCAUUAUUGAACCCAGCAGACAGUUUAGCAAAACAUUGUCAGCCCGACGUUCCAUCAGCCGUGAAUCUUCUGCUGCAGUUGUCAGUCAUAGAUCCUCUGCCAAUAGCAAAAGACAUUCUACCUCAUUUGGUUCACCUACAGGAUUGCCUACUUCUGAAACUCAACAUGAAGUACUAGAAAAGCCUCCAACAGUUUCUAUUUAUCGCCUUGCUGUUCUCAACAAGCCAGAAAUUCCAGUGAUCAUUCUUGGGGCUAUAGCUGCAGUUAUUAACGGGGCAAUUCUCCCUGCAUUUGGUGUAUUAUUGUCUAACGUGAUCAAAUCAUUUUAUGAGCCACCCCAUAAACUAAGAAAGGAUUCACGAUUUUGGGCAAUAAUGUUUGUGGUCUUGGGAGCAAUCUCAUUAGUAGCCUAUCCAACAAGGACAUAUCUGUUUGGUGUGGCUGGAGGAAAAUUGAUUAGACGUAUUAGAUCAAUGUGUUUCAAGAAGGUAAUCAAUAUGGAGGUUGGUUGGUUCGAUCAGCCAGAGCACUCAACCGGAUUUAUCAGUGCAAAGCUCUCUGCCGAUGCAUCACUAGUACGCGCGCUAGUUGGCGAUGCCCUUGCACAGUUGGUUCAAAAUAUGGCAUCUGCGAUUAUUGGUUUGGUUGUUGCAUUUUGUGCGAGUUGGCAGUUAUCACUGAUAGUCCUGGCCAUGGUACCUCUCAGAGCAGCGAGCGAAUAUGUGCAAGUUAAGUUCAUGAAAGGUUUCAGCGCUGAUGCAAAGAUGUCAUAUGAGGAAGCAAGUCAGAUUGCAAUCGAUGCGAUUGGAAACAUACGAACUGUUGCUUCAUUUUGUGCCCAAGAGAAAGUGAUGAAAAUGUACGAGAAGAGGUGUCAAGGGUCCUUGAAGAAAGGAGUUCGACAAGGGAUGCUUAGUGGCAUUAGCUUUGGUUUGUCUUUCAUGUUCAUUUUUCUUGUCUACGCUGCCAGCUUUUAUGCCGCUGCUCAUCUUGUUCAGGCUGGGAAAAUCACAUUUUCAGAUGUUUUUCGUGUUUUCUUCGUAUUGAGCAUGGCAGCUGUGGCAAUAUCUCAAUCGAGCACAAUGGAUUCUAGCAAAGCUAAGAGUGCUGUGGCUUCAAUAUUUUCUAUCCUUGACAGGCAAUCGAGAAUUGAUCCAAGCAAUGAGUCUGGGAUGACAUUGGAAAAUGUUAAUGGAGAAAUUGAUUUUCGGCAUGUAAGUUUCAAGUAUCCAACCAGGCCAGAUAUUCAAGUAUUUAGUGACCUCUGCUUAACCAUUCAGAGUGGCAAGACAAUUGCUUUGGUUGGAGAGAGCGGAAGCGGAAAAUCGACUGUGAUUCAGUUGUUGCAAAGGUUUUAUGACCCAGAUUCAGGUUCUACUACUCUCGAUGGGAUUGAAAUUCAUAAGUUCCAAGUGAAGUGGCUAAGGAGACAAAUGGGACUUGUGAGUCAAGAACCAAUCCUAUUCAACGAUACAAUCCGAGCCAACAUUGCCUACGGCAAAGAAGGCAAAGCCACAGAAGCUGAAAUAGUAGAAGCAUCCGAGCUAGCAAAUGCACACAAGUUCAUUAGUGGCUUACAACAGGGGUAUGAUACAAUAGUAGGAGAACGAGGAGCGCAGUUAUCUGGUGGUCAAAAACAGCGAGUUGCAAUUGCACGAGCGAUAGUGAAAAAUCCAAAAAUAUUAUUGUUAGAUGAAGCUACAAGCGCAUUGGACACAGAAUCAGAGAAAAUAGUUCAAGAUGCAUUAGAUAAUGUAAUGGUGAACCGAACCACAAUUGUUGUGGCGCAUAGGCUUUCAUCAAUAAAAUGCGCUGAUAUAAUUGCAGUAGUGAAGAACGGAAUGAUAGUUGAGAAGGGAGAUCAUGAAUCUCUUUUCAACAUAAAGGAUGGAUUUUAUGCAUCCUUAGUUGCGCUUCAAAGCAAUAAUGCUCUACUGUAAAUCCUUCCUUCUUUUAUCAUUAACUAGUUUGAACCUUAAGCGUUCUGUGACUGUAUAUUAGAUUCGACUUUCAAAUUUCAACAUUAUAUCUCUUGUAUGAAUAGAGUGUUAUAG